AUGUAUGACACCUGUCAGAGGGCCCCUGGGGGAAAUGCCACCCCUGGGAGGGCCUUUAGGGGCUCCGGCGCUUCUGGGAAAACCCCUGGCGGCUCAACCGGCCCUGGGCGGGUCCCUGGGGGCGGCACCGGCCCUGGGAUGACGCUUCGGGGCGCUGUCGCCCAAGGGAGGACCCUUGGGGUCGUUGCCGCCUCUUGGAGGGCCCCCGUCACUCCUGGGAGGCCCUUGUGGAUUAUGACGCCCCUGGGAGGGACGGCUCUGCCUGGGAUCCACCAAGCUCACAGGCCCCUUGGGGAGGUGCCACCCCUGGGAGGGCCCUUAGGGGCGCUGGCGCUUCUGGGAAAACCCCUGGCGGCGCAACCGACCCUGGGUGGGCACCUGGGGGCACCACCGUGCCUGGGACGCCGCUUAUGGGCGCUGUCGCCCAGGGGAGGGCCCUUGGGGUCGUUACCGCCUCUUGGAGGGCCCCCGUCACUACUGGGAGGGCCCCUGUGGAUUACCACGCCCCUGGAAGAGACCCUAACGGCUCCGCCACCCCUGGGAGGGCCCUUGUGGGCGCAGGGGCUCCUGGAAAAGCCCCAGAAGGGGAAGCCUGGGGUCAUUGCCGUCCCUGUGGAGCUCCUGGAGACCCCGCCACCCCUGAAACGGCCUCUGCUGGUGCCGCCUCCCCUAGGAGGGCCCCUUGGGGCACUGCCACCUUUGGAAGGGUCCAUAUUGUUGCCCCCGUCCCUGCAAGGGCCCCUGGGGAUGCUGCCACACAUGGGAGGUACACUGGGACCGCCACCGGCUCUGAAACGUCCCCUGGGGCGCCAAUGGGAGGGACCAGGGCCCCUGGGGGAGGUGCCACCCCUGGGAGGGCCUCUUAGGGGCGCCGGCGCUUCUGGGAAAACCCCUGGCGGCUCAACCGGCCCUGGGCGGGCCCCUGGGGGCGCCACCUGCCUGGGAGGACGCUUGGGGGCGCUGUCGCCCAAGGGAGGGCAUUUGGAGUCGUUACCGCCUCUUGGAGGGCCCCCGUCACUACUGGGAGGGCCCCUGUGGAUUACCACCCCCCUGGAAGGGACCCUAACGGCUCCGCCACCCCUGGGAGGGCCCUUGUGGGCGCAGCGGCACCUGGAAAAGCCCCAGAAGGGGAAGCCUGGGGUCAUUGCCGUCCCUGUGGAGCUCCUGGAGGCCCCGCCACCCCUGAAAGGGCCCCUGCUGGCACCGCCUCCCCUAGGAGGGCCCCUUGGGGCACUGCCACCUUUGGAAGGGUCCCUGUUGUUGCCCCCGUCCCUGCAAGGGCCCCUAGGGAUGCUGCCAAACAUGGGAGGUACACUGGGACCGCCACCAGCUCUGAAACGUCCCCUGGGGCGCCAAUGGGAGGGACCGUGUGUACACCAAUACCCCUCGAGGGGCCCCUAG